AUGAAUGCUAUUAUCGGACUGUGUCACUUUUGUGAAGCUCAUGGCCCACGUCCACUAUUUUGCACAUUUACAACGGAUAAAGAGGAGAAUACAACAGACUCUUCAAAAUGUUCCGUCGAAUGCAGUGGUUGCACUUCUCUUGGACCAGAAACAGUUUUAGUGUCCAGGGAUGAUGAUGGUACAAUAUUUUGCAGCAGAGAAUCUGUGCCUAAUACAGAAAUAAACACAUUUCUGCGUCAAGCAGCCAUAAGAAGUAUAACAUGUGAAGUAAGCUGGAGUAAGGAAGGUGGAGUGAUAUAUUUCAGUGACACACAGGGCCAUGUCUUAAGCUUCACAUUUCAAGUCCAGGAUACAAGAGCCCGUGGAUUAAAGCGAUGGUUCUCUAUUGUGGUAUUAAUGAAGGACAAAAUGCUUCUCCUAAAUCUUACUCCAAUGCUUUCUGAACACAUGCAGAAAAUAUCAACUGAGCUUCAACAGUUAGCUGAGGUUGUCUUUAAUAAAGAACAAAGUAUCUGUUCCCAAAGAGCCUUGAGACUGAAGACAGGAAGAAAUGAUUUUGGACAAUCAAGGUCACUGAUACAAUUAACAGGUGAUGAAAAUGUCUACAAAAAGCUUCAUUCACAUUUCACCUGGAUGUUGAGAACUGGUGCACUAACAUACUCGGAAACAUUAUACACAAGUAAAGAUCUAAUAAAUAAAAUAUAUCCAAAAGGAAUAAAGAGAUCAAUUUUUGAGGACAAUGCUUGUUUGGUGAAUGAUAACAAUGAAUGCAUGCCAUUGCGAGCUCUGGAAAAUUUACUGACAAAGUCGGUAUUUAGGAUAUUAUUAUUUUGUGCUUUAACUGGAGUAGAUAUAAGGGUAAAUUCACACAGUACUAAUGCUACAAACAUUGUAAAAAGUUUGCAAUGUUUAUUACCAGUUCCUAACGACGUCGUGCGUCGUAAAGUUUGUAGUGGUGACGUUGAUAUCGUACCUACAUCCAAAAUUUGUAUAUUAGAAGAAAUUGGUAAUAGUAAUUUUCAUUGCAAGUGGUCCGGUUCAAUACCACCAAAAUGUCCCACACUUAUGAUUAGAAUAGAAACUGCGAUCUCUAAUAAAAUUUUCAAUGAUGCAAUUCUACAUCAACAUGUAAAAUCACUACAGUUAGAAUGGUUAGGGAUAGCAAAUACUUUGCAUUCUGCUAUAUCCUCUUCAGGGUGUAAAUCUGAAGCAAUAAGUAAAUUGAAGCAAACACUAGGUGUCAUGCAACAAGAUGAAAUACUUUUGAAUUAUUGGAUAAAUACUUUUUGUAUUUGA